AUGCCGCAUGCGACUGCUGGCAUCCAAAAUGGCAGCGAUUGUCGAGUCAUACCGAGUUCGCUAUCGCAGCGUGUUCACAUGAACAACCUUGAGUCAGACAGCUUCAUCGACUAUGCCAAGAUGAAAAGCACAUUGGACGUUGUCCGCAGCCGGCUUCAGCGGCCGCUUCUAUACGCCGAGAAGGUGCUAUUCUCCCAUCUGGACGACCCGACUCAAGACCUCGAACGGGGCAAGAGCUAUCUACGUCUGCGACCUGACAGAGUUGCGAGCCACGAUGCCACGGCACAGACAGUGUUCCUGCAACUGAUGAGUGCUGGCCUCACAGACACCAAGACUCCCAUGACAGUAUAUUCAGAUCAUCUCAUUACUGCCCGUGUGGAAGGAAUUGAGGAUCUGGGAACCGCUUGGGGCGAGAAUCGUGAAGUAUGGAACUUUCUGAGUUCAGCCUGUGCGAAGUUUGGCGUCGGACUAUGGAAGCCUGGCUCUGGUAUCUUCCAUCAAGUUCUGUUGGAAAACUACGCCUUUCCUGGUGGCCUUACUAUCGGCACAGACUCGCAUACUCCCAACGCUGGAGGACUAGCAAUGUGUGCUAUUGGAGUUGGAGGAGGUGACACAGUGGAUGUUUUGGCUGGCCUUCCGUGGGAAGUGAAGCAACCGAAGAUCUUCGGUGUGAGGUUGACCGGACGCCUGAACGGCUGGGCAACCCCCAAAGACAUUGUAUUGAAGCUGGCGGGACUGGUGACAGUGAAGGGUGGAACAGGUGCGAUCAUGGAGUACUUUGGACCCGGAGUCGACACGCUCUCAUGUACUGGCAUGGCGACAAUUUGUAACAUGGGCGCAGAGAUCGGCGCUACGACUUCAAUAUUUCCCUUCACCGACAGUAUGUACGACUACCUGGUUGCGACCAAACGCUCCGAGAUCGCAGAGUACGCUCGCCUAUACGCCGAUGAUCUACGCCCAGACCCCGAAUCAGAGUCCUCUUACGACCAAAUCAUCGACAUUGAUCUUAGCAGUCUGGAGCCACAUAUUAAUGGACCAUUCACUCCCGAUCUUGCAACGCCUAUUAGCGAGUUUGCACGCACAGUACGCGAGAAUGGUUGGCCCGAGAAGAUCAGCGUUGCACUUAUCGGAUCUUGCACAAACGCAUCCUAUGAGGACAUGUCUCGAGCGGCCAGUAUAGCUGCUGACGCCCUGGACCACGGAAUGCCUAAGUCUGCCUGCAAGUUGACUGUGACACCUGGAUCUGAGCUCAUUCGUGGUACCAUUGAGCGAGAUGGACAACUAAGCACGCUCAAGAAGAUUGGUGGCAUCGUACUUGCGAACGCAUGCGGUCCAUGUAUCGGGAAUUGGGAUCGGUUUGAUAUGCCCGAUGGACAAGACAACUCGAUUCUGUCAUCCUAUAACCGCAACUUUGCCGGCCGCAAUGACGGAAACGCAGCAACGCAUGCCUUUGUUGCAUCGCCUGAGCUUGUGGUGGCGAUGUCGCUGGCAGGUACCUUACUUUUCAAUCCCCUCACAGACGACCUCAAAGUUGGCGACAAGAGCUUUCGAUUGCAACCUCCGUCGGGUCGCAGCUUACCGUCGAACGGAUACAAGGCGACUUCCGAUGCAUAUCAGGAGCCGCCUCAAGACAGAAGGGACAUUGAAGUCAUAAUCCCGACAGAUUCAAACCGUCUUCAAGCCAUACCUCCAUUUCCUGCAUGGAAUGGACAUAAUGCAGUAAACAUGCCCAUUCUCAUCAAGACAAAGGGCAAGACCACGACAGAUGCUAUAUCAGCUGCGGGGCCCUGGUUGAAAUACCGUGGUCACCUCGACAACAUUUCAAACAAUCUCCUCAUUGGCGCCACAAAUGCAGAGAACGAUCGCAAGAACAAGAUUACCAACGUCCUCACCGGAAAGACUGGCGCGGUCCCUGCAACAGCCAGAGAAUACAAAGCCAAGAAUCUGCCCUGGGUGGUAAUUGGCGACAACAACUUCGGCGAAGGCUCUUCCCGUGAACAUGCCGCCUUGGAGAUACGCCAUCUAGGCGGAUUUGCUGUGAUUGCGAGAUCCUUUGCUCGCAUUCACGAGACGAAUCUGAAGAAGCAAGGAGUUCUGUCUCUGACUUUCGUGGACGAGUCCGAUUACGAAAGAGUGCAUGCCGACCAUCGAAUCGAUAUCUUGUGCAAGGAUAUAGCUGUCAAUACACCGUUGACAAUGGUGGUGCGGCCGAAAGACGGUGAUCCGUUUGACCUGCAACUUCACCACUCAUUGAACGAGGCGCAGAUCGAGUGGUUCAAAGAGGGUAGUGCACUCAAUGCGAUGGCGAAAGGGACGGCCACCACUGCAUCUGUAGAAGCAUAA